CACCAUGGAGAUUGAUUUCUGAUGCUGCACUUGCUGCAUGGUUGGAAAAUUUCAAGGCACCAGCACACAAGCAAAGGAAGAUAAUAUAAGUUUUAUGCCACAAAAGAACUUUUCUUUGUGUAGGCCCUCACAAAUGGCGGUAAAGAUGAAGGGGAUCUUCAAAGGGCUGAGGAUAUUCUCGCACAUGUUUGCAGCUCAAAAGGAGCAUGAGAUGGAAAUUGGGUUCCCUACAGAUGUAAAGCAUGUGGCUCACAUAGGUUUGGGCACCAGUGACACAUCUCCAAGCUGGGGGAGCAACUGCCAGAACUCGGAAGCUAAUGAUAUUGCAACUGUAGAGAUACUCAUAGAAAUAUUGCAAUCAACUUUGACCGUGGAAAUGCAUAGACAUGGGAAUGGGCUCCAUAUGGAAGGUGCAAUACUGAAGCUGCUUGCAUUGAUCUACAAUCGAUCUUGACUUCGGCUAGAAGUAGAAGAAGAUGGAGACGCAAACGGUUUUGACCAACAGAUUGCUAUUCAUUUCAAUCUUGCAAUUGAGGUUUGAGCCUCAAGAAUUAGUCUUGCAGAUCAAUUGCAACGGUGUGAUCAAUAGAUUGUUUAACGAAAAACAACAGAAAAGAGCCAUAGGAGCAGAGAAGGCUAUUUAUUUUUCUUCUUAGUUUUGCUAUUUUUAGACAAGCUGCUUUUGCGGCACUUGUAUGCACACAAAAGGUAUUGGUCUCAAACAUGAAUGUAUGCACAAAACAAGUAUCAUGCAUAUUGGUAUGAUGGGAAUCAUGUCCAUUUGCCUUUA